CACCGAAUUAGAGCCCUUACACUCUGUAUCCUCUUAUGUAUGACCCUUUCACUAGCCCCUCUCUCUUUCUAUUCCUCGACUUGACAGAGCGCAGACAUGUCUCAUCGCAAAUUCCAUGCACCCCGUCAUGGACACAUGGGGUUCCUGCCCCACAAGCGUUGCAAGACGCAUCGUGGCAGGGUGCGCACGUGGCCCAAAGAUGACCCCAGUCUACCUGUCCACCUCACUGCUUUCCUGGCAUACAAGGCUGGCAUGACCCAUAUAGUGAGGGACAUGCGCCGCACUGCCCUCAAGCAAGCACAACGAGAGGGAGUAGAGGCGGUUACCAUCCUUGAAACCCCACCGGUCAUUGUGGUGGGGAUAGUGGGAUACGUUAAGACUGUCCGUGGCUUGCGUUCCCUCAAAACCAUCUUCGCUGAGCAUCUAAGCGACGAGUGCAAGCGCAGAUUUUAUAGAAACUGGUACAAGAGCAAGAAGAAGGCCUUCUCCAAGUACAGCAAGAAGUGGCAGGAUGAGACAGGAAAGAAGCAGCUGGACAAGGAUUUCGCCCAGUUGAAGAAAUAUUGUUCAAUAAUCAGGGUUCUUGUUCACUCUCAGAUGCGACUGCUGCCCAUAGCGCAGAAAAAGGCCCACAUCAUGGAGGUGCAGCUGAACGGGGGAAGCAUGUCGGACAAGGUGGACUGGGCUAAGGAGCGCCUGGAGAAAGCUGUGCCCGUCUCUUCCGUCUUCUACCAGGAUGAGAUGAUUGACGUCAUUGGAGUGACCAGGGGUCAUGGCUUUAAAGGUGUGACAAGUCGCUGGCACACAAAGAAGCUUCCCAGGAAGACUCACAAGGGUCUGAGGAAGGUGGCCUGUAUUGGAGCCUGGCAUCCGUCCCGUGUGUCGUACACUGUAGCUCGUGCUGGUCAGAAGGGCUAUCACCACCGAACUGAGCUUAACAAGAAGAUCUACCGUAUCGGUAAGGGUGUGCACACCCGGGAUGGAAAGGUGAUCCAGAACAAUGCCUCCACUGACUACGACGCCAGCCAGAAGUCCAUCACGCCCAUGGGAGGCUUCCCCCAAUAUGGUGAAGUGAAAAAUGACUUUCUCAUGUUGAAGGGCUGCGUGGUCGGGACUAAGAAACGUGUCCUCACCCUCAGAAAGUCUUUGCUCGUGCACACAUCUCGCAAGUCCACUGAGACCAUCGCGCUCAAAUUCAUUGACACCACUUCCAAGUUUGGACAUGGUCGCUUCCAGACUAUCCAGGAGAAGAAGGCAUUUAUGGGGCCACUGAAGAAGGAUGCCAUCAAAACAAUGCCAGAGCCUCUAACUGAGGAGGCCUGAAAAUACAUUUUCAUAUCUCAAUUCCCAUACAAAAAUAAAACAGUUUUAAAUACA